AUGGUUUCGUUCACGUCUGUCUUCGUCGCCCUUACGGCCUUCGCCGGAGCCCUCGCCGCGCCGGGCGAGUUGAUGAAACGCCAGUCGACUCCUUCGUCUACCGGCACGCACAACGGGUUCUACUACUCGUGGUGGACGGACGGAGGUUCUCCAGUCACCUACACCAACGGUCCCGGUGGUCAGUACAGUGUCGUCUGGCAGAGCGGCGGUAACUUCGUGGGAGGCAAAGGCUGGAACCCUGGUAGCGCGAGGACCAUCACGUACUCCGGCACCUACCAGCCGAACGGAAACAGCUACCUCGCCAUCUACGGCUGGACCAGAAGCCCGCUGAUCGAGUACUACAUUGUCGAGAACUUCGGAACCUACAACCCGUCCAGCGGAGCAACCAAGAAGGGAUCCGUCGUCAGUGACGGUAGCACCUACGACAUCUAUGUCAGCACUCGCACCAACGCUCCGUCCAUCGAUGGCACCCGGACCUUUCAGCAGUACUGGUCUGUUCGCCAGAACAAGCGUGUGGGAGGUUCCGUCAACACGGCCACGCACUUCAACGCCUGGGCGCAGGUCGGCCUGAACCUGGGCACGCACGACUACCAGAUCGUCGCCACCGAAGGUUACUUCAGCAGUGGCUCUGCCACCAUCACCGUCGGUUCCUCUGGAAGCAGCCCGCCUCCCAACACCCCUCCUACCACUCCUCCCAGCACUCCGCCCAGCGGCGGCGGCGGCGGCGGCAGCGGCGGCAGCUGUGCCGCUAAAUGGGGCCAGUGUGGCGGUUCCGGAUGGACCGGAGCUACUUGCUGCGUGUCUGGCUCGACCUGCUCGGCCCAAAACCAAUGGUACUCUCAGUGUACUUAG